AUGAAUCGUUCGCUUCAUGCGUCGAUGGGAGGUGUUGAUGAUGAGCCUAAAUCCAUCAAUACAACAUCUCGACGGCAUUCAGCACAUAUUGAGGCAGAUGAGCAGCCACUGGUCGUGAUGACUAAAAGCUCAGAAAUAUCUUCUCUUAGCAAAAACGAGAGAAUACAAACGACACUCUCUCAAGAUCAUCAACAACAAUCGGACCGAAGUGAGCAUUUGCAGAGUUUGAAAUGUAGAAAAGAAACUCGUAGAACCAAUCAUGCACAUGAAAAUUCCAACCUGGUCAACGAUUCAUCACAUUCUUCAAUUCCGAUUAAGGAUCUUCUUGAUAGACUCUCUAUAAAAGAAAAGAAAUUAGAGGAGCUUCAUCAAAAAAGAUUGGAAAGAGAAAAAAAACAUUUUGAAAACCCACAUGUUGAUACUAUUUUAUUGGAGCAUAAAAGUAAAUUUGAUGCGCUGAAGGAGGAAAAAAAUAAGAUCGAACAAGAAUUGACAAUUGUUAAAAAUCGAUACGAAGAUAAAAUUGCACACCUGCAACUUCAGGUAGAAGAAUUACAAUUAGAUAAGGAAAUUGCAGAGGAGCAUGUAAAACAACUUCAAGAACAAUUAGACGAAAUUAUGCUCAAGGAAAGUGAACUCGAAAAACACGAUUUAGGUUUGGAAUAUUUGGAUGUCGAAACUCAUUACAAGCAAAAAAUUCAAGAACUGAUCACGAAAAACACUGACUAUUCAAAUGCGUUGAAUCUAAUGGCAACACAAUUACGGAAUUUAGAAUGUUAUAGACAUUUAUAUGUUGAUCUCGAGAGGGUAAAUAGGGAGGAAAUAGAGAUGAUACAGACAGAGCUUUUUGAAAGAGAGGCAUAUUGUCACGAUUUAGAACAAUGUCUAAUCAACUUACAACAAACGAUUAAAGAAAGAGAAGAGAUGAUUGAAUGUUUUAAAUUGGACAGAAAGAACUCUGACAUCUCACGUCACCAAGCGAGUGAACAAUUGAUUUCGGGAUUAAACAACGAUGAACGUAACUUUCGAUCUUGGAAGAUUAAAAAAGAGCUGAUGAAAAUAGAUAUUGAAUUGUUGACUAAACAAAAGGACAUUUUAUAUUCAUUUCUUCCAGAAAAACUUUGGGAGGAUCAUGCAUCAUGGGUGAAAACAUUCUAUUCCAUUGAUUCUUCCUCAAAAAAACUAGCUUGCGCUAUUCGACAUAUGUUUGAGGGCUGCUCAUGCCCUGACUUGACAUCGACGGAUUACCAUGUUAGGGCUCACUUUUUCCUUUCGUCGUGUAUUUAUAUUCUAGAAUUAUACAUUUAUAGAAUCGGUAGUAUUGAUUGUAUAAAAGAAAUAUCUACAAAUGUAAAAUAUUUGUUUGAGAUACAAUAUGCUAUUGAUCGUCUACUACAUACUAUACAAAAAGCAACUCUAACAGAAAACAGUUUUGUUGAAAUUGCGGUUUCUCUCUCCUAUUCAAUAGCUAAUUUAUUGCAUGAUGUUUUUGAAUUAUCUUCAAAGUUUUCAGGAAAAUUAUUCAGUUUAACCAUGAAGGCUAAUGUAUUGAUGGCAACAAACAAUUUUAAAAUUAUUUUAGAUAUCAAGCAUGCCUUACUAUUUGUAACACUAGCCUAUGAAACGGUGCUUUCGAGAUUUUUGCAAAUUUUUCACAUUCAUUCAUAUUCUUCGGAUUCUAAGGAGAAACAACUAUCAAAAAUUGAAAAAUUAUUACUUAAUUCUAAAGUAGAUGUGGCCUAUGUUUCAUAUCACCAGUUUUCGGAUAUUUCAUUCAGGCAGUUAUCUCAAUUGCUCAUCUCCAUUUUAGGAAUCUCUCAUGAGGAUGUAUUGUCUUCAGAAACGUACGAUAAGAUAAUAGACUCUAUUCUGUCCAAACGGGUUUCAACUCUCAAAAAGGAGUUAGAGGCAUGUGAUGUUGUAAAACCGUUAUUAGAGCGUUCAGAACGAGAGAAAAAAGAAAUGACGAGAGUCAUUGUUGAUUUGCAAGAAAAGCUCCAAAAGCUAUUGGAGGAACGAGACACUAUUGAAGGUUUGAAAAUUGCUAUUCAAAAUAUUGAAAAUGAGAACAGGGAUCUAAAAGAACAGCUGAGAGAUUUGGAACACUUCAAGUUAAAAUAUGAGGAAGCAAUCCAUGAGGAACAACUUUAUAUGGACACUAUCGACAAGAUGAGAAAUGAUAUUAUUACUCUUGAUACAUUUUGCAAAGAGUUGGAAGAGAAAUUGCGCUUGACACCUUCAGAAUCCGGACACCCAAAACACACCUUACAACGUCAACUCUCGCGUACACCAUCUUUUUCCAAACGAUUACCAUCUAUUAUGGGAGAUCAAACUGAGAAACUUGAGCUAGAAAGAGCUCGUCGUGAUUUAGAACACUUGAAGCAUCAAAGUUUCAUUUCCAAGAUUCAGCAGAGCGAAAAUACGAUGAUAAGCAUCGUUCACAAUCCAAUAUUUAUGGAGGAUGAAUCUCAACAACAGAAAAAACUAUUGAGAAAAGCACUUUCGAAACUCACGAGAGAAGUCACUUUCCUUCCAAUAUCAGCAGUUGAUUUAACAAGCACUAAAUGCAAGCCAGAGAACCAGCUGAUGAGGACCUUGAACCUGAUCGAGGAGCAAAAAAGAAAAUUGGAUGUCUUCAACCACACUUUCCACACGCAAGAGAAUAAUAAUACAUCGGAGCCUCAAAUCAGAAAUAUUUCCAGCAGGAUUUCAUCUGUGGAUACUAAUGCCCUAAAGUUCUUUAGGGAAGAGUUAAAACCAAAAUGCUCGGAAUUAGCUACACUGUUGCAACAAGUUACUCAUCCUCUCUCGGAAACCACAACAGCAAAAUUAAACGCGACCUUGACAAAUAUUACAAAAUUUAUUAGCAAUUGUAAUCAAGAUAUUGAUAUGUUUCUAGAUUAUAUUACCUUUCCACUCCUGUUGAUAUUGGAAAAAGAUUUUAUUUAUCGGAAAAAGAAGGCAACAUCGAAUGGGCUUCCUUCUGUGGUGCUAGAAAAUACUCUAGACGCUUUGUCCUCUUGUUUUAGAAAGCUAAAAGCAAUGGAACAGGGAGAAAAAUUUAUUGCUCUAUUCCAGUCAUUAUUUAUUAUUCAUAUUAUUUAUUCGGAUGAUAUCAAUAAUUCAACAUCAGAGAUUUUUGUAAAUAGCUCUUCCGUCGCUUCAUCUGAAGAACUCAAACUGUCACUAAUGAAUGCAUUUAGAGACUUGGUGAAUUGCAAAUGGGUGUCAUACUCUCAUACUUCUAAAUUAUUUACCGUUCAAAGCAUUAGUAUCUUUGCAAGCAAAUUGUUGGACGUUGCAUUGAAAGAAAGAAACCGACUUCUGGUUGAGACAUCUCUCAGAACUAUUUGUGACCUAUUGACCCUAUGCAGAAAAACUCAAGAUCAUUUACCAGAUGACAAUUUUAAAAUUAUCAUUGAGAGUAUUUUCCCAGGAUUAAUUAGUCAAGUAUCAAAACUCAUCAUUUCUCCACCAUAUAUUGCAAGAGCAGUACAAUGUGCUGCAUUUGACUUGUUUGGAACAGUCACAUGCAUGAAUUGUUCUGACGUUCUGAAUGGAUUUAUACCAGAGUCACAGGUAACAAAAUCUGAUAAUAGUGGUGAAACAUUACUCACAAUUGAAAAACUUUCCCAAAUGAUUUUUGCUAAUAAUGACAAAAAGAAAGAAGUGAAAGCAAAAUUUGAAAAGUUUGAACCAUUCCUAAGAAAAAUUUUCAGCACUGAAAUUUAUGCACAAUAUUCUUCAACGGUUACGUUCGAUCAAGUCACGGAAAUACAACAGUGCAUGUUAGAAAAUUGUGCAAAUAUUUUAAAAGAAUGCUCUCACACGCUGUCUGAUUCCGUAGAUGUCCUUGUGGAGUGCUUACUUGUGGGAGGAAGAGAUAAUAUUGAAUUUAUUGAGCAUUCAGAUUCAAUAGAGAAUCGAUUUUUAACUUUAGUCAAGAGCAUUCCUUCAUUAUGUAGGAGCACCAAUGAAAAAGAAAAGAUUGUAACCUUCAAAUUAUUUCACAACUACAUGGAGUACAUUUUGAAAUCACAAAAAGGAGCGAAUUUCAUAUCAUCUGAUGAAGUAAUUUCAGAAAUCACACUGACUCUCAUGCUUUCGUUACAAAUGGAUCAUUACAGCCCCAUUACUGAAGACAAUCAUUUUCCUAAAAAGAUUUUCUUAAAUUUUGUGGAUGACCGAAUGAUACAAGUGAUAUAUUCCAUUUGUCGUUUGUUAGGAGGAGAAUUAGGUCUUUUCUCAAAGAGAUAUAUCGAACAUUUGCUUUCAAUUGCCUUUUCAAUACGAAACAAGUCGUCAGAAAGUCUCUCUUACAGAAAUGAGAGUAUCUUAGUGCUCAUUCAGAUACUUGAAGGGCUCUUACAAGAAGCAUCUUCUCACGAAGAAUUCAUUCAAGAUUUUUCAAGAACUAUGCUUCACACCGUUGUUGAUACGAUGAGUGAAAAGCUCAUAGAGACGUCAACGGAUUCAGUAGAAACGAAUUGCUUAAUUCUAGAAUGCAUCAGUGCAGUGGCUAAAUUUGUGAAUCCAAAUCAUCAGGAUGAAAGAGACAUGUUUCUUCUUAAAAUUUUAUACCCAAUUCUGAACCAACUUGGCUAUUCAUCGAUUCACAUUCGCCAAAGUUGUUUCAAGGCAAUUUAUGAAAUCUCCAAACACUUUUAUCCAAACAAUAAGGAUUUAUUAUCCCCAAGAGAUUGUGUCAUGUAUUUAUUGGCCACUAAUUUUGAUUACAUGAUUGAUGACAUAAGAUAUCGAUUGAAAUAUCUAUCCCUUUAUCCACACAUUCCUCAAGUGUUAAAUACACUCUUUGAAUACAAUGUGAUUGGAAAGAGGUUCACAUCCCUACCUGCAACGCGAGAAACAUCUUAUGAACAAUGUUUAACUCAUUUGAAUAUGGUCAAUAUUGUGGAUGAUUGCAUUCAGAGUGUAUUUGCAGCCAUAGAUCAACAACAACUCGUAGAGUCUUCCAACUUGAAAAAGACAAUACUUCCAACAUUAUUUUCAAUUCUAGGAAAUAUUAUCAAGACACUCAAUAUUUUGAAACAAGAAAGAGAAUCUUUAGAGUUGUCUGAAAAGAAGGAAUUGUCUGAAAAGGAAAUUACCACUAUCAAAUCCAUUCUCUUCAAACUACAACAUUUCAUGAAUAGUUCACAAAAUUCCUUACUCAAUAGUGUUUCCUUCCUUACGAUCAUUGAACAUGCAAUUUCCAUGUUUGAACAUUCGAAUAUUCGUGAAGAGGACGAACAUUCUACAGGAAAUAAGAUUUUAUCAUCCAUUCACAUCCUGUGGCCCAUGCUCAUGACUCACUUGUUACAAAAGAGAACAUCCAUCGUUCUGAAACAGAGAACCAUUGAACUCAUUCAACUACUUGGAGUCAAAUUUGAUGACUUUUUAGGUUCAAGAAUUUUAUCUGAACUCAUUCCCUAUCUCAAUAGAAUUCUUAAAGAAUAUUUUCAUUCACAUGUGGUGUUAAAAUACAAGAAUGAACCCACAAGAAUGGAUUAUUACAAAACAGAACCUGAAUACAAGUAUUUGAGAGCCAUCUUUUGUUUUCUUAUUGAAAUGUUGCAAACCAAGACAUUGAAAGAGAAUAUGGAACACUCGAGUUUGAAGGAACUCAGAGAGCAAGUCAUCCUUGAUAAAUAUUUGAAGAGUUCUUGUGAUGAAUCUAUUCCAGAAGAGUUAAGGGAAUUGGCGAACAAGUUGAAAGAGCUUUUUCUCGAAGGUGAUAGGGAGGAACACGACAAUAAUUGUUAA